AUGAAGCUCUACCUCCUCUUCAGUCUUGUCGCCAUCGCGGUGGCUGCGGGCACUGCGGUUGACGACCUCACCAGUGACUACGCUGUCAACGACCUCGCCGAUGACUACGCUGUCAACGUGACUGAGAUCAACGACGUUAUCGCCUCCAUCAAAGCCAACUUCCUGGAGCUCCACAACACUACCGAUGGCGAUGUCACCGUCAACCCUCGCGCGGUCCUGGCUGAGCGCGGUCCCUGCAACCGUCGUUGCAGGGGCGCUGGUGCGAAGCCCUGCUGCCCCAAGGACACCUGCUACCAGAACGUCUGCAUCGGCCCUCACCUGGGUCCCAGAGAGUUCCCCGAGGACUUCAACGAGUACGCCAAGCGUGAGCUCGCCGACGUCGAAGUCGCGGCGGACGUCGACCUGAUGGACUCCGAUGCGGACACUGUCUCUCUCGAGAAACGCGACCCGAAGUGUCGCCGCCGCUGCACCUCCCACAAACAGUGCUGUCGCAGCGAUCUUUGCAUCCAGGGUGCUUGCCUGGGUCGCCACGAGGACCACCCCUGA